AUGGACACGCCCGACUACGGUGGUGCCUGGGGCGACUCGACCCGCACCAACUCGCGCCCAGCUUCUCAGAGAUCAGGCAAAUCGUCACGCACAGCACGCUCGCAUACCUCAGAGAGGAACCCAGAUGAGGUUUCGCCGCUAUUAGCAAGACCACAGGGUGAUGAACAUGAAGAGGGUGGAGAUGAUGAGGAGCACGCAACCGCCACCACGUCGCUGCUUCGAUCGCUCAGCAGCGGCUCGUCAAGUGGGAAGAAGGACGAUGAUAAGAGGCCGUUCUGGAAGAAGAGAUGGCCUAGCAUUGUAGCGCUCGUUAUAUUGGUCAUCGCGGUGGUGUUCAUAAUGCUUGGAUUCCUGGCGACCGAAGGCAUAGAGGAGUAUGCUAUGCAGGCCGCUGACUUCAAGCCCACAAAGCUAUCCCUAGACUCGUUGACGGACACCGGUGUGCGGGUGCAGGUAGAAGGAUACUUCAGCAUGGAUGCUUCGAAGGUGGAGAAGCAGAGCGUGCGUAAUCUCGGUCGCUUUGGCACUUGGAUCGCAAGAGAGGUCGAGACGGGGCCGACCGAAGUCUACGUCCACCUGCCCGAUUAUGACAUGGUCCGUGUAGGCACAGCCAAAGUCCCUGGUAUCAAGGUGAACAUUCGCAAUGGCCAUACCACACACGUCUCGUUCUUCGCCCACCUCGAGCCGGGCAGGUUCGAUAAACUCCGCAACGUUGCCAAUGAUUGGAUGGACGGUCGAUUGGGUCAGAUUCGCCUGAAGGGCAAGGCCGACGUGCCCCUGAGGUCUGGUCUCAUACGACUUGGUUCGCAAACCAUCGUAGAAUCCUUUACAUUUCAAGGAGACAAGCUUCCUGGAGUCCCUCGGUACAAUAUCACAAGGCUCAAUCUUCGAGAACAACGAGAAGGACGGAAAGGAAUGGGUGCAGAUGUUUCCAUCAUGGUGACCAACGACUUCCCUGUCCAGCUCACCAUUCCUUCUGUUGCUGUUGAUGUGCUCGUUGACGGUUGUCUGGAGUCCGACAAGCACAUCAUGGUUGGCACUGCCGAAACUGCGCAGCUACAAGUAGAACCGAAGCGUGACGUCGAAGUUAACGUUACUGGGCGUGUGGACACGCUGCCAGAGGCUCUGACCGAGACAUGUCCUGGUUCUUCUAAAUCACCACUCGACGCGCUCCUUGGAGACUAUAUGCAUGGUCAAGACGCCAAACUUUACGUGCAAUGCUGCAACUUCCCCGAUCCGGAGACUCCCGCCUGGGCGCACAAUCUUCUCAAGGAUAUUACCGUCCCUAUUCCUCUGCCUGGCCACGAGAUGGGAAAACUCAUUAGGAAUUUCUCCCUGGCCGACGUUCACUUCGACCUUCCAGACCCCUUCGCCGAGCCAGGCACUCCGGAUGCUGCCCCUAAGAUAUCCGCUGUGGUCAAGGUUGACAUCAACAUCCCCAACGAGAUGAACUUCCCCUUGAACGUGGACCGCGUCAAGGCUGACGCAGAUAUAUUCUACCAUGGAAAACUGCUUGGAACUCUUGAUCUCAAGAAAUGGCAAGAUGCCAACUCCACCCGGAUCGAUGCACACGGAAGCGACGGUCCUUCCCUACUAGUACAAUCUGAUGUCCAGAAAGCUCCGAUCAACAUCAAGGAUGAUGACCUGUUGAGCGAAGUCGUCCAAGCACUUAUUCUCGGGAGAAAGGGCGUUACAAUGAAAGUCAAGGCCGCGGUCAGCGUCAAGGUGGAUACCCCCAUGGGCGGAUUUGCAGUGCGGGAGAUACCCGCGGAAGGUGUCGUCCCGGUCAAACCAAUUGGAAGCGGAAAUGGCAACGGCAGUGGAGGAGCUCACAAUAUCAGCUCACUUGCGCCUAAGAUCGGAAAUCUUUCGAUUGUUGACACCUCGCGGACUUCUAUCACUCUCCAAGCAAGCGUUAAUAUCACUAACCCGACUAAUUACUCGGCCACCGUGCCAUACCUCAACAUCAAUAUCCUCGUCAACAAGACGGUCGUAGGACAAGCCGUAGCAAAAGACGUCUACGUAUAUCCUGGCAACAACACGAACCUCCUCGUAACCGCCGUGUGGGACCCCUACACGCACAGCGGCGCAAAAGGAAAAAAAAUCGGGAGACAGCUCCUCUCGCAGUACAUCUCCGGUUGCAACGUCUCCCUCACCCUCCAGGCCCACAACGGUACCAUCCCAACCCAGCCUGCCCUCGGCGCCAUCCUCUCCCGAUUUCCCAUCAUCCUUCCCGCCCCCCACCUCUCCACACCAAAGGACCCCGGAGAAUUACCUCCCGACGAAGGCGAUCCCCCCGACGACGGCAAAACUCACUUCAUCCGCUCCGCAACCAUGCACCUCCUCACCUCGACUGCUCUCUUCACCCUCGCGUCACCCUUCUCCAGCACUACAAUGUACAUCACCACCCUCAAUGCAACCGCGUUCUACGACGGACAGCCCAGUGGGAAGAUACUAUACGAGCUGCCGUUUGCGGUGCCGCCGGGGCUGAGCGAGACGCCCCGCUUGCCGGUGGACUGGAGCAUUGGGAGCGUGGGAUAUGAUGCUAUUCGGAAGGCGUUGGGGGGCACGUUGAGGUUGAGUGCGUUUGCAGAGGUGGGGAUAAGGAUCGGGGCUUGGAGGGAGCAAGUGUGGUAUAGAGGGGGCAGUAUUGGAGCGAGUGUGAGACUAUGA